UUUAACAAACUAGGAUCACUCUAAUUUGAGUAGUUAAUAAAUCUAAAUUUUCUGUGUUUAUUGCUUUUUAGCAAGUGACUUAUAUUAUGAAUAUCCGUUUAUUAUAAUUAAAAGAAAUUUACAGCUUAUGACGCGACUUAUCCGCCACCUGUACUCUUAAACCAAUAUCAGUUUCUAAAUAUUACUGUACUGCUUAAAUUUAUUUUAAAAAAUACGAUUACUUAUUAAAAGAGGAGUGUACGAUAGAAACACGUGUUUGCAAAAUUUUCGAUACACACUUACAUUAAAAAAAGUAUAAUAAUAAUUAUAAUAAAGUAAAGCAAUACAAUGAAAAAUCAUAAUACAAACAUUUUUUACGAGUAAUAUUUGACGAAUAGUAUAGAAUAAUCUGCAUUUCUAGUUUUGUUAUAUCAUUGACACUUUUAAAUCAUAAAUCAAUAACAUUAGUAGAGAAAAUAAGUUACAAAUUUUUUCUUAUUUUAUUUUUAUAAUAUGUUACAACUCAUCGUAAAACAGAAAAUAAUGAUGAUGUACAGUAGAUACUGCCAAAUAUAAACCUUACAGAAGAAGGAUAUAAUCUCUAAAGAUGUAUGAAGAAAGUAUGUCAGUUGGGCAAGAGAUUUCUGCGUUAAUGUCGCAAGGAGAAUAUUCAUUGUGUUCUGACCAAAACUUGAGGGCAGUUGCAAGGGUUGGACAAGCUGUUAAUUUAGCAGUAGAUCGAUUUGUCACGGUGGGAGAAACAAUUGCAGAUGAUAAUCCAGAAAUUAAUCAAGGCAUGUACGAAGCUUGUAAAGAAGCUAGAGUCGCAGGCUCUGCAAUUGAAAAGUUAUGUGAAUGUGCUAUGGAGGAUAAUGUUGACGACAGAGGGGCAGUAGUUCGUGCAGCCAGAUGUCUUCUUGUAUCAGUAACAAGAGUUCUUCUACUGGCCGAUAUUGUUGUAGUUAAACAACUUUUGCUGGCAAAAGAUAAAGUUGCACGCAGUCUAGGUCGACUAGAAAGUGUUUCAAAUUUUACAGAGUUCGUUAAAGCUUUUAGCCAAUUUGGUGCAGAAAUGGUGGAACUCGCUCAUUUAACUGGUGAUCGACAGAAUGAUCUUAAAGAUGAGAGACGAAGAGCACAAAUGGCAGCUGCACGACAGGUUUUAGAAAGAAGUACAAUGAUGCUGCUUACUUCGAGUAAAGCAUGUUUAAGGCAUCCAGAUUGUCCAUCUGCAAAAGAAAAUAGAGAUACAGUUUUUUGUCAAAUGAGAAGAGCAAUGGACUUAAUACAUUAUGUUGUCAAAGAUGGAGUUAUUGAAUGCAAUGAGUCAUAUUCAAAUCCUGAGAGUCCACAACAAGAAGACUGGGAUAGUAGUACUGUUUUUUCUGCUUUAAAUCAUUUUGAAAAAUUUAUUGAAAAAUGUAGAAAGUCACUUUUGGGACCAAAUUAUAGAGACACAUUAAUAAGUUCCCUUGAAACAGUUGUAGAAAGAACUCAGGAUUUUACCGAUAGUGCUUAUACAACUCACGAACACAGGGAAAAUAUUCUCCUUCUCUGCGAUAGAGCAAGAUUAGAACUAAAUGCCUUAUUCAGACUUGUAAAUAACAAGACAAUCAUCGGCAGCGGAUGUGGGUCUCCAAAAUUAGAAAUGGAAGAAGCUCUAGACCGCUUACUAAGAGCUACAAAAGAUUUGAAGCAACACCUAUGUGCAACAACGUUAGAUCAAGCUGGCGACCUUGGAUCAGUGACGAAGGCUCUACAUGAACUGGUGUCAUCAAUCAAAAACCUAGCUUCAUCCAGCGACAUUGAUGGUCUAAAGGAAAAUAGCGACAGAUUUCAGGAAUAUAUUGAUCACAUUCUUGAAGUUUGUAAAUUGUUAAGACACGUCGCACGAACUGAGUCUUUACAAGUGUCUGCAAAGUUUACGGAAAUUAAUUUAAGGAUAUAUGGUCCACAAGUUGUAACUGCUGCUUAUACACUGGCUAGACAUCCCACCAGCAAAAUUGCUAAAGAAAAUCUUGAAGUGUUUGCUGAUAUGUGGCAGUGGUUGAUGACUGACAUAACAACUGUAGCAAAAGACGUUUUGGAUUUGGGACAAAGUCGACCUGAAAAACAAGUGUAUAUGUCACUACCACGUCCAGGGAAACACGGGACAACAAGCAAACCCUUAAAACCUGUUAGUCUGGAUAGUGAGGAACAAGCAAAAAUUGCAAAAGCUGGCCUUGAGAUGAAACUUAUAACGUCUGAAAUGAAUGCAGAAACUGAAAAGUGGCAAGAAAGUGGUUCAGCUUUUGAAGAAAACAAUGAUAUAGUAAAAAGAGCAAAAAAUAUGUCCUCAAUGGCUUUUGCAAUGUAUCAGUUUACUAGAGGCGAAGGAGCUUUAAAAACUACUCAAGAUCUUUUUACACAAGCUGAAUAUUUUGCAGAAGAAGCAAAUAGACUAUACAAAGUUGUGCGACAAUUCAGUUACCAGGUGCCAGGCGGAAAUCAUAAAAAAGAAUUACUUGAAAACUUAGAUCGUGUUCCAACUUAUGUUCAACAACUUCAAUUUACAGUAAAAAAUCCUACUGUUGGAAAAUCUGCAACUUUUAUCAAAGUUGACAACGUAAUUCAAGAAACAAAAAAUCUUAUGAAUGUUAUAUCAAAAGUGGUUACAACGUGCUUCGUCUGUGCUUCAAAAUACAACUUAGACUUCAGAGGAUUGUCAGCGCGGGGUGGUUCAAUGUAUCGCGGUGGAGACGGUGUUGGAGAUGGUGAUGGCAGCGGUGCUGGAGGUGAUGGUUCCAAAGCAGGUUCAGCUCCUGGUAGCGAUUCGUCCGUCUGACAAUUUGGUAUGGCCCGAAGGGCCAAAGGGGAUGGACGUCGUACUAGAGUUUCAUUUUUAUUAUUCUAGACAAAAUUUUCGUUACACACGUUUCCGAUUUAUAGCCUUCUAACAAAAUUUGUUAUUUCCUAUCUUUUAAAUUUUUUUUUAAUAUCCUGAUCAGAAAUUUUUGACAAUAUAUUUACUUCAGAAGAUUCAUAUAUGCGUUUAUCAAAUAUUUAAAAUAAAAAACAGAGAAUACAUAUAUGAUAUCUUUUGACAAACUCCUUCUAUAUGAAUAGACGGAGAGAUAUGGUAAAGAUUAUUCCUCAUGACUUUUAUAUUUUUUUUAAAAGAAAUUACUGAUCAUUUGCUUUAAGACUGUAAUUACUAAAAAACAUAAUACUUGACAAUACAAAAGAAAAUAUCAAGUAGGCAGAAAUAUAGUAAGAUGUGUAAUUAAGGUGCCAAAUCUGGUAAUUCGCUUAGUGAGUGCCUCCUAAUUUUUCUGCUAUUUAUACACUAAAAAAAAGAUAGCGUUGCAGCGCCUUUUGGUGUUUCUCAUUCACCACUUCCUAUUCAACAUGAAAAGGUCUAUUGCAGACCUUAGGGCUGAGUAGUAUGAGAGAAAUUGAAAAUGUACUGCAACGUUAUCUAUUUUUUCAUUCUAAAUAAGUGCAAACAUUAAAUAAAUGAAUCCAAUUAAUAAUUGGAGCAACUAGUGUCUGUUGAGUAUGCCUAACAAGUACUCUCUCUGUUGACAUUCCUUGAAGAUCAAGAUUUCUUUUACUCAUUUUGGCAAAACGAAUCAUUUUUUGUGAUUACAUGUAGGGAAAUAUUAAACAUAAAACUUUAGGGAAUAUUGUAUAUUAUUAAACGUGUUUAGACAAUAUUAGAAAUAUUAAUUGCAGUGUUGAGGCAAUUUUGAAUCAAUAUUGACAAAAUAUUUUUGCAUCAGUACAAUCAAUGUUUAAAACCAAGCAAAAAUUACUUGCUGUAUUUCCUCAAUUUUGCUUCAUCAUUGGCAUACAAUAUUUGAUUAAAUUAUUUGUUUAGUAUUUCCUUAGAAAUUAGACAUACCUUUCACUUUUGCGAUUGUUGGUUCAAUUUUUAUCAGUAUUCUAUCUAACAUUAUUGAUAUGAUUUUGGCUUAAAGUGUGUCGUGAGGAAAAAUCUGCAACAUCUCUUUGACUAGAACGAUGAUUUCGUCUUGACGAUAAGACACGAAUGUUUUGAAAUGACUAGAUAUAUAUAUGUGAAAUAUUAGAAGGCUCUAGUAAUUAUUAAUUUAUUAUUUUGUAUGUGGGAUAUUUACUUUACCAUGAUAGUGUUUCGGAAUACUUGAAUGAAUGAAUUUAAUAAUAAGUGACGACUUUUUCCGCAUAAAAUCAUGAAUAAUAUAAGUCACCAAAGUGUAAAAUAAAUUUAUCUAUACAUAACAUUA